UUAAAAACAUAAUAAACAUUGUAAGUUUGUAAAGUAAUACAGAACUUGUACUACAAAAAUCUGUUGCAGUCAUUUAUUUUUUGUCCGAAAUAGGAAUUAGUGAUAAAUAAACAGUAUGACACGAUUCCCUUCAAAUGAUGCACCGUGUACCUUGAUAACGUUGUUCGAUUCAUCGACAUUUGACUUUUUUUUUUUAAUAGACCGACAUUUAAAUACCCAUGUGAGGGGAAAUCCCCCAGAGUUCAUCCCGGAAGUUUAAAAUUCUUCCUGUGUUUUAAUACAAGAAAGUUCCCCAUUUUCCGCGUUUGGAAGUAAAGCCCGUGACUAUGAAAGGUCUGGCCGUACAAGUGCUAGCUGCCAUUCUGCUUUUUGUCUCCCUCUCCUACUCUCAAGAACAAUGGGAGGGACAGAAAUUUGCUAAAUACGCCGUAGUGGACAAACAGAUCAAUGUCAGAGAAAUUAUUCGAUUUGGGGGAAGAGAAGGUGAGGGACAGAAUGAUGUUGAGGAAUCUGAAGUCCCAGAGGAGGCUGGCUCCCGUGGGUUCUCUGCUUCUUCCAUGCUGACCAUGCUGUCCAAUGCUGCCAAAAUAAGGAAGGUUAAAAACAUGCUCCCCUUGUCAGGAAUCCAAUGGCUUAAAGACGACGACACCGGAAAAGCCAUUAAUUGUGGACCGGCGGGUUCACAUUUAAUCGUGACAUGGAAACCCCGAAUCAUCGACCCACAGAAAUCUGUGUUUAUUUCCUUAGACAUUACGAAUCCUAUUGACUUUGACAAGGGUAAGGCUCAUAUAGAUGUGUACAUGGAAGACAGUCCUGACCCCAUUUUUUCAGUGGACCAAGAUAUCGCCUGUCAGGAUCUUGCCAAACAGCUUCCCCUCUUCCAUUGUCCAAUGAAGAAAGGAGAAUCUCACAAGACUAGCUUCACUUACUCAGAUCUGUCCAAACUACCAAUGGGAAGCUACACCAUCGUGCUGAAGAUCUUUAGUUAUGCAUCCAAAUCGCAACCAUUGUUCGGCUGUCUGAACAUGACCUUGAAGAUCGUGCCAUCGGCAAACAGAUUUGCUCACCCAUUUCCACAAGUUAUCGUUUAAAUCAUUUUAAGUUCCAUAUACAAAUCCUCUCUUGACUUUCACGAAAUUUCAUUUUUCACUUCAUGUCAUUAUUAGCACCAUUUCCUUGCUUGUGCAAUUGUGUCUCCGAUUUAAAGAGAACACGUACUGUUUUCGUGAGUUUCCAUCUAAAUGUUUUCAUCCAGAUUCCAGCGCAUAAUCCUUUCACAUGUUAGCUUCAACAGUUUAUUGUUGACAUGUUGUUUCCAAUAUCAGCGUGUGACUAAAGAAUCUCCUAGGGUAAGCGGUGGGCGUGUCCUUAACUCUCUAAAGGGAUAUACAUAUAUAUUCAAUUGUGUUAGAUCAUUUAAUAAAAUUUGUUGAUGAAUAAA